GGCCGGUGGACCGAGCGCCGCAGCCGCCACCAGAGGGCCACGAAGAGCCGCCCGCCCCUGCGCCCGGGUCCGGCGCGGCCACCGGCAGGGUCGGGCGGCGUGCGUGAGCGGAGAGCUCCGGGGGCGCCGAGCCGGGGAGGCGAGGAGGGCCCCCCCCCCCCCGCCGCCCCUGAGCCGCCUCCCCAUUUCGGCUGCCGCCGCCGCCGCCGCCGAGGGCCGCCUAGGUAGGGCGGAAGCGCGGCGGGGCCGGGCUGGCGACGGGUCCGGCCGUGCGCUCUGCGCGCUCUAGCGGGGCUGGGCUGGGCUGGGCGGCGCUGCGCCGGGCUGGGCGGAGCGGAGCGGAUCGCCGGCUGCCGCUGCCUUUGCCCCGUUGCCGCCGCGGGUUCGCUGCCUGCUCCCGCUCCCGCUCCGCCCGCCGCCUCCGGGGCUCCGCUGCCAGCCGCUGCUGGGAGAUGCGCCGUCGCCGGACCGUCGCCGGACGCCUCCCUGCCGGCUUCCGCGAGGCCUCCCGAUGCCACUGCCCUGCGCCAGCUGCUGUGACCCGUCAGAAGAUGGGGGUGGUCUGCACCUGCUCGGGACCCACCCUGGCAGCCCAAGUUGGACCCUGGAAGGCCCCCUGGAAAUGGAGCUUGCAAAUGUCUUCCUCCUGAGCCCCUGCCGCACUUCCGCCGCCCUCUGAGCAUGCUCUGCAGUCUCCCCGCUGGCACAGAUCAGCUGGUGCACGCAAGGACCUUCCAGUGACUUUGCCUCUCAGCAGAUUGAACUCCCCCCCCCCUGGUUGUUGCUGAGAGGGCCCCUCUGGGAUGGGACCGGACCGGACGGCAGGGAGGAGCGCCUGAGCAGCCAGCUGCCUGCUGUUUGGAAGGCACGUGUGGAGACGCGGGUGCCCCACGCAGAGCCAAGGACAGGCCUCCCUCUGCCCUGCCCCAUGUCUGGAGGCCAGCCCGUUGGACACUUCCUAGUGCUGCUGGAAGAAAGAGCUCGAGCCGGGCUCCUCACAGCAGGCAUGCGAUUCCUCUCCUGAUGCCAUCGCUGUUGCCUGCAGGCACCUGACCCCCCCCCCUCGUAGUGACCUCCCCUCCCCCCGCAAAGGAUGCCCAUGUUGUCUCGGCCAGCGGCCCGGGCCCCGCAGUGAUGGCUUGUGACUUCUUCUCCUGGAUUCUGCUCCUUCUCUGGGCACUGGGCCGCCCAGCGGUCCUCUCGAUGCACGUGGAGCCCCCGGGGCCUGCCCUGGAGCUGUCUGGGGAUGGUGGGCUGCUGGGCAGUGGACGCGUGAAACGUGGAUGGGUGUGGAACCAGUUCUUUGUGGUGGAGGAGUACACGGGCACGGAACCACUGUACGUUGGGAAGAUUCACUCGGACUCGGACGAAGGGGACGGCUCCAUCAAGUACACCAUCUCUGGGGAAGGGGCUGGCACCAUUUUCCUGAUUGAUGAGUUGACGGGGGACAUCCACGCCACGGAGCGCCUCGACCGGGAGCAGAAAACCUUCUACACGCUCCGGGCCCAGGCGCGGGACCGCCAGACCGACCAGCUGCUGGAGCCCGAGUCAGAGUUUGUCAUCAAAGUCCAGGACGUCAACGACAGCGAGCCGCGCUUCCUGGGGGGGCCCUACAUUGGCAGCGUGGCGGAACUCUCCCCCAUCGGUGAGUCCUCGGGCCGGGCGUAG